GUGUGAAUCUUCGUUUUCUGUUAAUAUUUGAGAGUAAAGAUAAAAAAACUAAAGCAGGUGGAGUCUUCUUUCCUCAUACAUAUUCUUCUAUUUCCUUCUUCGCAUGAACUGCAUGCCUGGCCAAGGUAAACGAUAACGUCUGCAAAUUCGAAUCUUCAAGACUCCAGAAAUCUGCAAGAAAGAAACAGCUAAUUUCCCAUUAUUUAUCGGGCUUCUUAAUUCGCCAGCUCUACGCGUCCGUCUUUAAUUUUUGCAAUCCAAGCCGCCGUUCUGAUCGCCAUAUAUUCAGCUGGAGGAACGUGGAGAUCUCAGCAGCUGAACCAGGAAAAACUUUGAACCGAAGUAUAUUCUUUGCGAUCCUAUGGUAGGAAAGCUAGAGCUGAAGUUUUUGUCAAGAAGACAAGAUUUUGGGAUUGGCGGCCGAGGAAGAUUGUGUUUGUGUUUAUGAUGACUAUGUUGAUGGUUGGGUCAAAUAGGCCUAUCCGGUGGUUGGGGCUAACCAAGAAUUGUUUCAGAUGGAAUGGCAGAUCCUGUUAGUCAUGGCAAUGACCAGGGGCUCCUUGCUUUGAAGAAAGGUACACAGCUGAUUAAGUAUAGUAGGAAGGGGAAGCCGAAAUUGUGUCCUUUUAGACUUUCUCAGGACGAAAAGACACUGAUCUGGUACUCCCAUGGUUCAGAGAGGAAUCUAACGCUAGCUUCAGUUUCAAAAAUUAUUCCUGGGCAGAGAACACCUGUAUUCAAAAGAUUUCUUCGUCCAGAGAAGGAUUACUUAUCAUUUUCUCUUAUAUACAACAACGGUGAAAGAUCUCUUGAUCUGAUUUGCAAGGACUACGAGGAAGCAGAGGCUUGGAUUGCUGGACUGACAGCCUUAAUUCCUACUGGCCAAGCUUGCAGUAGGCGUACUCGAAGUGAUAUUUCAGAUUUUCAUGAUGGUGGAUACCCGUUUGGUGCAACAUUAGAUUACACUUCUAGCAUAACUCGAGACCGGAUCUCAACUGACUCCAGUUGUCGCGAAACAUCCUUGUACUAUCCAAGUUCAGAUGUUGGAUCGGAACGACCAUCAAAGAUGCAGGUAAGAGGGGGAGACGGUUUCCGCAUUAGUGUCUCCAGCACUCCAAGCUGUUCAAGUGGAGGUUCUGGGGCAGAUGACAUAGAAUCAUUAGGUGAUGUCUAUCUAUGGGGGGAAGUUUGGUCUGACGGGACAUCAAGAGAUGCAUGCGGCAAUCCGAUCCCCGUAAAACAGGAUGUCCUCACACCCAAACCGUUAGAGUCCAAUGUGGUCAUCGACGUUCACCAAAUCGCGUGUGGGGUCCGACACAUAGCCCUCGUCACGAGACAGGGCGAGGUUUUCACAUGGGGAGAGGAAGCCGGGGGCCGGCUCGGCCACGGAGUCGAAAAGGACUUCAGCCGGCCCCACUUGGUUGAGUUCCUGGCAGUUACGAGCGUGGAUUUCGUUGCGUGUGGCGAGCAUCACACUUGUGCUGUGUCCCAAUCCGGUGACUUAUACACGUGGGGCAACGGGUCUCACAAUGCCGGGAUUCUAGGACGGAGGACUGACGUUAGCCAUUGGAUACCCAAGAGGGUUUCGGGCGCUCUAGAAGGCCUCCAAGUUCUUUCUGUUGCAUGUGGCACUUGGCAUUCGGCUUUGGCCACCAUUAAUGGGAAGCUGUUCACGUUUGGGGACGGAACAUUUGGUGUCUUAGGUCACGGCAACCGUGAAUCCGUUCCAUGCCCAAAGGAAGUCCAGUCAUUGAACGGGCUCAAAACGGUUAAGGUGGCGUGUGGCAUAUGGCACACCGUGGCGAUUGUGGAAGUCAUUAACCAGUCCGGUUCAACCAACGCCGCCUCUAGAAAACUGUUCACUUGGGGCGAUGGGGAUAAGAACCGGUUAGGCCAUGGAAACAAACAGCCAUAUCUCCUCCCAACCUGUGUAUCAGCUCUUAUAGACUAUAACAUCCACCAGAUCGCCUGCGGGCAUAAUAUGACCAUCGCACUCACCACAUCGGGCCAUGUCUUCACAAUGGGCAGCAAUGCGUACGGUCAGCUGGGGAACCCGGACUCCGAUGGCAAAGUGCCGUGUCUCGUACAGGACAAACUGGUCGGAGAGUUUGUCGAGGAAAUAGCCGCCGGUGAUUUCCAUGUCGCCGUCUUGACAUCGAGAAGUGAGGUUUUCACUUGGGGAAGAGGCGGGAACGGGAGGUUAGGCCAUGGAGAUACGGAGGACCGGAACAUCCCCACAUUCGUGGAGGGGCUGAAAGACAGGCACGUGAAGAACAUUGCCUGCGGGUCGAAUUACUCGGCUAGUAUUUGUAUUCAUAAAUGGGUUUCGGGUGCGGAUCAGUCGGUCUGCACGGGUUGCCGGCAGGCGUUUGGUUUCACCCGGAAGAGGCAUAACUGUUAUAACUGUGGCCUCGUCCAUUGCCAUGCUUGUAGUUCCAAAAAGGCUCUGAAAGCUGCGCUGGCUCCCACACCUGGAAAACCGCACCGGGUUUGUGAUUCAUGUUAUCUGAAACUGAAAAAGGCUUCCGAAGGGCAACCGUCGCGUCAUUAUGCCAAAAUGACCGCCCCGUCCCGGCAGUUAGACAGCGGCAGUAGAUCGGAGAGGCCAGAAGCUUCCAGAACCUCAAGGGUUCUGCUGUCCCCGACGGUGGAGCCCGUAAAGUAUCUCGAGGUCAGGACUACAAAGCCGGGAACCAACAAGGCGGAUUCUUAUAAUAUCGUGAGAGCUUCUCAAGUUCCUUCGCUUUUGCAGCUGAAAGACAUUGCCUUCCCGAGUUCCUUCAGCUCUCUCCCCUAUGGUUUGAAGCCACCUUCACAGACAUCUUUAUCUCAGCUGCACUCUCCCUCCAACUCCAGGCCUGCUUCACCCUACUCCUCAAGAAGGCCCAGUCCUCCACGGUCUCCAGCUGCUCCUUUGAUUUCAAGAGGUGUGGUUGAUACUCUUAAGAAGACGAACGAGCUUUUGAACCAAGAAGUUAACAAGCUCCAAAUUCAGAUGAAACAUAUAAAGCAGAAAAGUGAUCUUCAGGACACAGAAAUUCAGAAAAUGAAGAAAAGUGCGGAAGAAGCUUCUUCACUUGCUACAGAGAGGUUAGCCAAGUGCAGCAUUGCAAUUGAAACUGUGAAAUCCAUCAGUGCUCAGUUGAAAGAGAUGACAGAAAAGCUGCCUCCUGAUAUCGCUGAAACUGUUUCCCUUAACUCCAUUCAAACCCAAGUUGAAUCCUUUCUGGAUAACGUCCAGUCUCAAGCCUCUGAAGAGAGAAGCAGCAGUACUCCCACCCAGGAGGCUUCCUCUAAUCAAGCAGAUGUUGCAGGAUUUUCUGACACUUCAAACAGCGUUUAUGGGCUUCCACCUCAAGAAAACAACGGAUCUUCCAAUCAGGGUGUAAAUAGUCAAUCAGUUGUAGGUGGGACGGGGUCACCUAAAGUUGCAAGUAUGGGACAGAGGGAAGUUAUUGAACAGUUUGAACCAGGUGUGUAUGUAACGCUCCUUCAACUUUCCAACGGUACCAAGAUCUUCAAGCGAGUUCGGUUCAGUAAACGAAAGUUCGCAGAGCAGCAGGCAGAAGAAUGGUGGAGAGAAAACAAAGACAGAUUACUGAAAAGGUACAGCCCACCCCCCAAGACUAACGGCAGUGCUUCCACAGAAAAAACAGUCGAGGAAAAUAAAGAUAGCAGCACCGCAUAAUUUUCAUCAAUUGGAGACAUUUCUCUGCAGUACCUUUUACUCUCUUUUUACGUUUUCCACUUAAAUUUAAAAUUUAGAACUAGUGCAAUAGUGUUCAAGCUAGAGAGUUUAUACAUUAGAUCUCAACCUUUACUCAGUUUGAGGCAAUGUUUAUGUCGGAUCAAAUUUAUUAUAAUCCAUUCUUUUAUAGUUGUUACAUUCUUCCUUUUCACUCCUUAGAGUUACAAUUUUAUUUCUCUUAUCUUUCAUAUACUAU